AUGCUGCGACAUCUUGCCCUUCCUGCGCUGCUCUUCCUGGUUCUGAUCAACCGAUCUUUGGCAACCCUGCCUUACCUCGGUCACGAUGUGAGCUCCUUGAUCAUGCUGGAGUCCGAGCAGAAGUGCUACAAGAACUCGGCUGGCCAGGUACAACCGCUCGAGACCAUCCUCAAGAAUGGAGGGGCCAAAGCUAUCCGGAUGCGCCUUUGGGUGAACCCCGUGGAGGGCGUCUACAACGUUGAUUACAACCUGCAACUGGCCAGGCGUGCUCAAGCUGCGGGCUUGGCGGUCUACCUUGAUUUCCACUACAGCGACACGUGGGCCGACCCCGCACACCAGACGAAACCAGCGGCAUGGUCCAGCCUCUCCUUCAGCUCACUUGUGUCGCAGAUCGGUCCCUACACGCAACAGACCGUACAAGCGUUCCGCUCCGGAGGCGUCCGACUCGACCUUAUCUCCAUCGGCAACGAGAUCCGCAAUGGGCUGCUGUGGCCCGACGGAGAAUCACCCAACUGGUCGAACGCCGCUGCCCUCCUCAAAUCAGCGUCGCAGGGUGCCAGAGCCGUCACUUCGACUUCUUCCUGGACGGCACCCCUGAUCGGUAUUCACAUCGAUAACGGAUGGUCGCUUAGUACACAGACCGGUUUCUACGACAGCAUCCUCAACACGGGCCAGAUCUCGCUCAGCGACUUCGACGUGCAGUUCGUCUCGUACUACCCGUUCUUCAGCAACCAGGCCUCGCUCGCGAAUCUCCAGUCGUCCCUUAACGGCAUGGCCAGCAAGUACGGCAAGCAGCUCAUCAUCGCGGAAACCAACUGGCCCGUCGAAUGCACAUCCACUUCCGCGGACCCGUUCCCGCCUUCGACGUCCAACAUCCCGUUCUCGGCUUCCGGACAGACGACCUGGGUCCAUGACAUCAUUAACGUCGUGCAGAGCGUGCCAAAUGGUCUCGGCAAGGGACUGUUCUACUGGGAACCGGCAUGGCUGAACAACACUGGGUGA